AUGAGGUUAGUGUUAGUAUUAGUUUUAAUUGUCGCGGCACAUGCGCGGAGGCUACCUAAAAAGCAUGUGAAUCCAGUAGAGAAGCCGGUAGACUCGCUGGUGGAGAAGCAAACCGAAAAAAUAAUCGACCAAAUAGAUGCUGCUUCGGAACACAAUGAAAAACAAAAAAAUAACGACCAGGAAGAUGCUGUUUCUGAACGUGAGAGAGAACAAAAAAUAACUGAUCAGCGAGAUGACAUUUCUGAGCAUGAGACAAAUCAAAAAAUAAGUGAUCAGCCAGAUGCCGCUUCUGAACAUGAGAGGAAAGAAGCGAUAAUUGAUCAGCAAGAUGCCGUUUCUGAGCAUGAGACAAAACAAAAAAUUAAUGAUCAACAAGAUGCCGCUUCUGAGAAUGAGUCAAAACAAAAAAAUAAUGAUCAGCAAGAUGCCGCUUCUGAGCAUGAGACAAAUCAACAAAUAAGUGAUCACCCAGAUGCCGCUUCUGAACAUAAGAGAAAAGAAGCAAUAAUUGAUCAGCAAGAUGCCGCUUCUGAAUAUAAAGGAAAACGGAAACAAAAAAUAAUUGACCAGCAAGAUGCCGCCUCUGAACAUAAAAGAAAGCGAAAACAAAAACUAGUUGACCAGCAAGAUGGCAGCUUUGAACACAAAAGAAAGCGAAAACAAAAAAGAAUUGAUCAACAAGAUGCCGCUUCUGAACACAGAAGAAAACAAAAAAAUUACGACCAGCAAGAUGCCGCUUCUGAACAUAAGAAAGAACCCAGUCAGAAUGGUGAAUUUAAAAGAGGUGGAGGCAGAGAGCAUCACGCACAUCAUUUAGAUGAACACGAAGAAAAAGGCCAUAAAGCAUAUCAAGGUGCUCACCAUGAAGAAGAAGGAAAAAAGGGUCAUCACGAUAGAGAACAACAUAAGGGCGAAUAUGAUGACCACGGUGGUUACAAGGAGGAACACCAUAAUGCUGACGGACAUUAUAAUGAACACCACAGGGAUGAAAAAGGUGAGAAAGGUCAAAAGUACGAAGAGAAGGGCCAUUAUAAUAAAGGUCAUUCCACAAAGGGACACCACGAGGUACAUAAACUGGAUGAGUUUAAGAAAGACAAACACUUUUUCCACGAAGAUGGAGAUUCUGGUCACGAGGAGCACCAUGGUGGUUUCCAUGAAGAACAUGGCCACAAGAAGGGUGGUCACUUUAAGAAAGGCCAUCACGACGGAGGGCAUCAUGUACAUGAACAUGGUGAGAUGGGUCAUCACGAGAAAGGAGGUCACCAUCGUGUACACAAAGGACACGACGAUUCCGCAGGACAUGAUGAACAUCAUCAUCAUCACCGCGACCACGCCAAGAAAGAGGGACUCGAACAUCACAAGAAACACGUGUACAGACAAGGUCACUGAGACUUACGACACAAACAAACAAAUAGACUUUAAUAUUUUAAAAUUGACAUGGCUAAUACCUGUUGCAAGUCUGGUCUGUUAUUUAUUUAUUGUGUAAUUGUGUAUUGUACGAGUAAGUA